AUGCCGUUUUUUUCUUCGAAAAAGAAAUCACAAAAGAAGAGUGGGAUUAGCGGAAUUAUUCCAUCUACAACAACAGCAGCUGCUACUGGUGUCAGUUCAGUGACUCCAAAAAGCACUAAAGAUACUCACAAUUCGAAUAAUUCUCGUGGAAAUAGUACAAAAUCUACCAAAGUGGAGAAAAGUCAAGAAGCGACUAAACUUGUUUUCCAUUGUCAAUUAGCACAUGGCAGUCCAACUGGUCUCGUCUCAGGUUUUAGCAAUAUUAAAGAGUUAUAUCAAAAGAUAGCUGAUUGUUUUGAGAUACCUGCAUCGACAAUUCUGUUUUGUACAUUGAACACUCACAAGAUUGAUAUGACUAAAUUAUUAGGUGGACAGAUCAACUUAGAAGAUUUUAUCUUUGCACAUGUGAAAGGACAAGCGAAGGAAAUUGAUGUUGUCAAAUCUCAAGCAGCAAUUGGUUUAACAAUUACGGACAAUGGCGCCGGUUAUCCUUUCAUCAAACGAAUUGUAGAAGGAAGUACGGCUGAUAGAAUGAAAGCUCUUAUUAAAAUUGGCGAUCAUAUCGAAAGAAUCAAUGAUAAGUCUGUUGUUGGCAUUCGACAUUUCGAAGUGGCCCAAGUUUUGAAGAGCAUUCCUAUUGGUUCAACAUUUAAGCUGCGUUUAGUCGAACCGAAUUCAUUCGGAUUUCAAAUUGAACCAGCAAAACGUGGCCGGAAGUCGGAUAAUGUCAAAAGCGGCACUAAAACACUUCGUUUCAAAGCAGACGGUCAAGCAAGUGUGGAAGAGGUUGACGAUGUCAUGCUCAAAGCGAUCGAUCGAAUUAACACUCUCUUAGAAAAGUACAUGAACAUCAACGAUUCCGAUCUUGCACAACAAAUUUGGGAAUUAUCUGAAAAUAAGAAGAAUCCUAGUGAUUUCGCCACAGCAAUUGACGAAUCAGAAAUAGGUUCAUUUAAUUUUACUGAUGAGUUCAUUUUCGAUCUUUGGGCAGCUAUUGAUGAUAUUAAAGUUGGACGCCUUCGAGGAGUUCCCGAACUAAAAGAAGAAGACGAGGAACAAGAAGCAGAUGUUCAAAAUGAACGAUUAUAA